AUGAUUGCCGAUGACGGAAGUCCCGUCCUGAUGGAUUUUGGCUCUACGAUUAAAGCUCGUAUCAACGUGGGAACAAGGCAGCAGGCUCUACUGGAACAGUCGCUCGGCUGUACGCUCUUCGCCGUUGCGUAUGGCCAUUCACCUUUCGAGGUCGACGGCACAUCCAUCGCAAUGGCCGUUGGCAGUGGACGUUACAAGCACCCAGGAGGAUACUCUCAGUCACUAGUGUCGCUCAUCGACGCUAUGCUUAUUGUGAAUCCAGAACAGAGACCAGAUAUCCAGAAGGUGAUCGACCUGACGGAACAGGCCCUAAGAUCAGUCUAA